GCGGCUUUCAACAUGUCCACUGAGCUACUUUUUCUGAUCGCUACUGUGGCGAUCGUGUUUUACGUGUGGCACAAGCGGCGCCACAGCUUUUGGAAGCGCCAUGGGGUGAAGGAAAUAGGGCCACUGCCCAUAUUGGGUGAUACGGUGGGGUUCCUUACCGGACGGUUGCCGUUCUUCGACCAGAUCAGGAAGUUCCACGAGGCUCCCGGCCUGGAGAACGAGCCGAUCAUCGGUGUGUACUUGGCCUAUCGGCCAGCCCUGGUCAUACGCGAUCUGGACCUGGUCAAGACGGUGAUGAUCAAGAAAUUCAGCUACUUCACCAAUCGAAAGCUGCAAACGGAUCCGCAUGACGAUGCCCUGGGCUACAACAAUCUGUUCUUCGUGCGCAGCCCGGAGUGGAAGGAGCUGCGCAACAAGAUCUCCCCUGUUUUCACCACUGGCAAGAUCAAGCAGAUGUAUCCAUUGAUGGUGAAGAUCGGCAAAAAUCUAGAGGCGAAUGUUGGCCGUGAACCGAAGGAUUCGAUAGUUACGAUCAAGAGUCUGUGUGCCCGCUUCACCACCGAUCUGAUUGCGACCAUAGCCUUCGGCCUGGAUGCUAAUGCCCUGCAGGAUCCCAAGAGUGAAUUUUUCCGCCACAACCAGGCCAUCUUUGCCCCGUCCGUGAGUCGGGCCAUUGACUUUGCGAUCAUAUUCAUGCUGCCGGCUCUGACCACUCUGGCCAAGGUAAAGGUCUUCUCGAAGAGCGCCUCCCAGUUUAUCCGGAGCAGCAUCAACUAUGUUAUGGCGGAAAGAGAAAGGUCCGGACUGCGUCGCAACGAUCUCGUUGAUGUCCUGCUGGCCCUAAAACGGGAGGCGGCCGCCAGUCCGGACAAGAACAAUAAGGCCAAGAACAUGGACUAUUUGGUGGCCCAGGCGGCUGUCUUCCAGACGGCCGGCUACGAGACCAGCUCCUCCACCAUGACGCUGGCCCUCUACGAGGUGGCCAAAAACGAAGAGAUUCAGAAUCGCUUGCGUCAGGAGAUCGAGGAAUACUUCGGCGACGACGAUCACAUCAGCUACGAACGCAUCCAGGAGAUGCCCUACCUUUCCAAGGUGGUCAACGAGACCCUGCGCCUGUACCCCAUCGUGGGAUAUGCCGAGCGCGAAUGCGCCCAGCCCUCACAGGGCGAACGCUUCACUCUGGCUCCACACCACGACAUGGAGCUGCCCGAUGGAACACCCGUCUAUGUGUCGGCCGUGGCCAUACAACGCGACCCCAAGUACUGGCCCGAACCGGAGAAAUUCGAUCCGGAACGCUUCGAUGCCUCCAACAGGGACAAACUGAACAUGGAUGCCUACAUGCCCUUCGGUGUGGGACCCCGUAACUGUAUUGGUAUGCGCCUGGGUCUCCUGCAAUCGAAACUCGGUCUCGUCCAUCUACUGCGCAAUCAUCGCGUCCUGUGGUGCGAUAAGACCGUGAAGACGAUCGAAUUUGCUCCCUUUUGUGGUGUUCUUGCCUCCAAGGAUGAGAUCUAUCUGAGAGUGGAGAGGGUUUCUUCGUAGGUUCUGUGCUUUUGUUGUUAUCUACAGAGUAGAUCCGUUCCUAUGUAAAUAUUGUUGCAAGUUUAUAAAUUGUUUUUCACGUA